AAUAUUUACAUUUCUUGAGUGUUUGUGAGAUUAAUUUUUAUUUAUAAUCAUGAUAGACGGAAACAUUUCUAUGGAGGAGGAUACAGAAUUACGUGAUUUAGUGGUGCAAACUCUUGAAAAUAAUGGUGUUCUCGCAAAAGUGCGGGCAGAACUCAGGGCCAGUGUGUUUUUAGCUCUGGAAGAACAAGAAUCUGUAAUGAAUCCACAACCACUUCUUAAUAAAACUGUAAAACAGUACCUGGCUAAUUCAGAAGGAAAAUUAUUGUUUUCCUUGGUUAGGGAGUUCCUAGAAUAUUUUGGUCUUGAUUAUACAAUAUCUGUAUAUGAUCCAGAAACUUACUUUGGAAAAGAAUAUAAUUAUGUUGGAAGAAAUAAAUUAUGUGAAGAACUAGGUAUUGAAUCCAAUGAGCCAUUGCUUGGAGAAAUUUUAAAAAAUAGCAUGAACAGUGCCUUUAAUAACACACAAAAGAAUGAAACUAAUGACAGCAAACUUAGUAAAACAGAUGAAAUUACAACAAACAUUGCUAAUGCAACAUUUGAAAUUUCCAUUCCAAAAGUAUUAAGUAAUGAAACUGCAUCAUUAUCAAAUGAUAAUGAUGUAUCGGAUAAGUUGGAAAGUGUUUCACAACAAAGUCAAAAACUUCCAAUAAAUGUGACAAUAACUGAUAAGAAAAAUAAAGAAACAUCUACUCAUGUUUCAAUAGUUGAUUCAAAUUGUGAAAAGCAACAUGAACUCAGGAAUAGUACAACUUUUGAAUACAAUGAUAAGAAUGAUGGAAUUGACAGCAAAGGGAAUAAUAAUAUGAAUUUUAAUAUACUCCCUACAAAUCCAAAUGGCACAAGUACAGUGAUGAAUCAUACAAUAAAGGAGACUGAUUGUGAGAUAGAUGCAACCAUCCAAACAAGUUUAUUAAAUAAAACCAAGCCUUUAAUUAAGUUUGAUGAAUCUAUAGUUACUGAAAUGCAAACAAAUCAAAAUGAAGAUAUAAGUAAGCAAAAUAAUAUAAAUAGUUUGGAGUUACAAAUAGCAAAUAAUGUACAAAACAAAAAACCAGUUAAUACUGGAAACAGUUUUGGAAAAACUGUAUACUUCGAAGAAAUUAUUGUUGAUGGAAAAAGAGAAAAUAUUAAUGCUGAAACCUUUUUACAAGAUUUACCAUCUUUAGAUAAAAAAUCUCAUUCUAUACUUAGUGAUCUCCCACCACUAAAUGGUAAAAAAACUAAUAUUAAUGAUUUAAAGGAACUAAUGGAUAUUGGUCUUGGAACUGAUGGUACAGAUAACUAUGAGGAAGAUUUUAUCUCAUCUGCAUCUGGCAGUGCUUAUGAUCAAAGUCCGUCUAAAGAUCUUGAAAAAUCAGAUAGUCCAAUAAAACUACAAUUGAAAAAAGAAGAUAAUAUUCAGAGUGCUCAUAGCGAAGGUAUAAGCGAAGAAAUUGAAGAUAUGGAUGAUAUAUUAAGUAGUACAUCUUGUCUUGAAGAUAUAAAUAUGGAUAAAAAUAUAUCAAAUUUUGCAACGGGUAUUACAACAAGUUGUGCAAAGGAACUAUAA